AUGGACCUGACACCGCCGCCAUCUCGUCCUCCAGUAUCCACGUCGUCGCACCCCUCAGCUAUCGAGAUUCAGUCGCCUGAGAUCUGCGUCAUCUGCUUGGAUCUUCUCAGCGUUGCCUCGCCUGCAGAUCAAGAUCACUCAGCGGCCAGGCUCACCACCAGCAAUGGCGACACAGCCAAGGUAGCAACGGCCCUGCCAUGUCAGCACAGCCAAUUCCACUACUCCUGCCUGGGCACGUGGUUCAGCCACUCCCAAACAUGCCCGCUCUGCAAGACCUCCGUCCAGUGCCUCACCAUCCAUCAUGACGGAAGCGAAGCCGAGACGAUCACCCUCCCACCCUCGCAGCCCUUACCACAACGACGCCCUCCACCCCGCCGUCGCUUCCACCCACCCACACUCUUCCACCCACGAAGCUCCGGCCCCGCCAAGCCCCCCACCGCCACCGAGCUCACCCUCGCCUUCCGCCGCCAGCUCUACGCCCGCCGCAUCCCAAGCCUCUACCGGGGCCGCGGCAUUACUCGGUCUGGCGCGCGCAAACGUCCCAUACGCCCCAACAUCACGCCCGCAUCCUUCGGCCCCUCGGCACCUGACGCCCAGCGCCUGCACCGCCUAGCCACGAUCUGGAUCCGGCGCGAACUCCUGCUCUUCCCCUUCCUGCACCCGACCUCACCCGAACCUUCCCACCCUUCUUCCUUCACAACCACCCCCACCCUCCCCACGGGACUAGGAGUUACCCCGCGAUCUCACAACGACGGAGGGGAAUACACCCGCCCCCCACAACGCCGCACCACAGCCGCGCAUCUCCUCCCCUUCACGUUGGCGGUCCUGCAGCGCAUCGACCUGAAAGGCUCCGCGGGCCAGGCGGUCGAGCUGCUGGGCGAGUAUCUGGGGCGGGAGAACGCGCAGCUGUUCUGUCAUGAGUUGGUCGGGUUUCUGGGGAGUGGGGCGCGGAGUGUGGAGGAGUGGGAUGGAGAGGUGAUGUAUUGGUUUGAUGGGGAGGGGGAGGGGGAGGUGAGGAGUGGGAAGGGGGAGGUUUUGGGGAGGUUGGAUGACGGCGAUGGUGGUGAUGAGGAGGGUGACGAAGAGGAGGGGGAGGGGCCCGCUGUGAAGAGGUGA